CAUUCCCGUUCCGGGCAUUUAAAAACCGUGCGGCACCAGCGCUGCGGGUUAUUGUCAGAUAGAACGCGGUGGCGUGAACAUCACAAGUACCAACAACUCAACUCAACUCAACAACUAAUGAGAGCCAAAGAACAGCGAUUAUUGAAAUAGAAGAAAACUCUUCUCUCUCCUCCUGCCGUGUGUGUGCGAGUGUGCCGUGGUGUUAGUGUGUGCCGUGUGUGUGUGUCUGUUCUUUUGGGAUUUCCCGCGUUCUGUGACCAUAAAAAAUAUUGGCACUUGGCCCAAAACUUGGACAAUACCGCUGCCAAAAUCGUAGAGCUAGACAACUGCCGGAAAUGCGAAAGUGAAAGCGGUCGCCCCAUCGUGACACAAAAUAAAAUAAUCAGCAAAAUCGUCAGAGACGACAACGACGUCCCAUAAUAUGUCUUCCACGCUCAAGUCACAGCAACUGCCACUGAGCAUUCCCAGCCACAGCGGCGGCAUGUACGCCGUCAAGACAGCACCAUCGAUGCCCGGCAAGGCCUUCGAGGAGAACACUUGCUACAGUGGCUUCAUAUCGCCCCCGCUGAGUGCCACAAUUGGUGGCGGAUCGGCACAUCGCAACGACACCUUUCGGGCGCCGCUAAAGAUGGAGCCAGCCGGCAGCGAGGCGUACAACAACUUCACCAGCGGUGAGCUGCAGUUUCCGGACUUUUCGCACCUCUGCUUUGCCGCCGAAACACCCAAUUCGGUGUUCAGCGACUGCCAUAACUAUGUGGGGCAGGAUCAGGAUCACGAUCGGGAUCGGGACUUUGACCAUGAUCAGGAUGAUAUUGUGUGCGCCGCGGCGGACCACACGGGCAUGCCGUACCAGCAGGGCCAGUACACACAGCUCAAUCGCGAGGAUAUCUUCCGCUUCGAGCCGGAGGACAUUGCCCGGUUAACCGGUGAGCCCGAUUUUUCCGGAUUGUUGCAGCCACCGCCGCCAACGCCCUACACACCCUACACGCCCUGCAGCGCCCAGUCCAGCCAGUUGGCGGUCGCGGCUGCCUCGUCUUUGGCCGCCUCGCAGGCCGACUCCAUUAACCUGGAUAUUGAUUAUUUUAAUUAUGAUGAAAUUAAUUGCCAAUCGAAAAACCAAUCACCGUGCUCAUCACCGCACCUGGAUGCCUGGUUGAAUUUCAAUCUCGGCGAGAUGCCAGUCACUGCCACGGCAGACACAUCCGCCACGGCAGCCGCCACAUCCACAUCCACAUCAUCGCCCAAACUGUGCAACAUGUACGAUGGACUGUUGCUGCAGCAGCAGCAGCAUCAGCAUCACAUCAAGCAGGAGUCCUCGCCCACCAAACUGCCAUCGAUGAGCUCCACAUUUGGCACACCCAAAUGCAUUCCCAUGUGCGCCAGCAAUUACGACGAUUACUCAAAUCUCUAUUCGGGCCCGGGUGCGCAAUAUGCGGCCGAAAAUUAUCAAAAUAAUAUGUCGCACGCCAUCGAAAAGCCGAACCGUGAACACAAAAUCAUCUGGACGAUUGACGAGCUCGACGAACUAAUGCUGGGCGGGCAGCAGCAGCAGCAGCAAAAGCGGCCACCGCAAUCCCAAAGUGCCGAAUCCGAUAUGGCUAAUUACGUUGCGGAUGAGUUGAUCAAAACUGAGGCAGUCAUGGGCUUGGACAGCGAGGACGAUGACAAUGAGUAUGAGGAGGAGACCCACGACCUCGACCUCGACAACGAGGUGUUUGCCCAGCCCAAGGACAGCGAGUACAAGCCGGAGAGCUGCUGCGAUGCGGAUGCGGAUGCGGCAGAGGUCGAGGCAGAGGCAGAGGCCGAACCACUGCCACUCAUCUGUCGCUGGAGCGGCUGCAAUGUGGAGUUCCCCCACCAGCAGGCCUUCGUGGAGCAUAUCGAGAAGUGUCACGUUGAUGUGCGCAAGGGCGAGGAUUUCUCCUGCUUCUGGCUGGACUGUCCCAGGCGCUACAAGCCGUUCAAUGCCCGCUACAAAUUGCUCAUUCACAUGCGUGUCCACAGCGGCGAGAAGCCAAAUAAAUGUCCGUUUCCCAGCUGCAAUAAAGCAUUCUCGCGUUUGGAAAAUUUGAAAAUUCAUCAACGCUCGCACACGGGAGAACGGCCUUAUGGCUGUCAGUAUAAAGGUUGCCUCAAAGCGUUCAGCAAUAGUUCGGAUCGGGCGAAACAUCAAAGGACCCACUACGAUACGAAACCGUAUGCCUGCCAGCUGCCAGGAUGCACCAAGCGCUACACGGAUCCCUCCAGCCUGCGCAAACAUGUCAAGAAUCACGCGCUGCGCAAUGCCAAUGGACAGCUGGUGCGCCGCAAAUCUGCCGGCGGCGGCGGUGGCGUCGGCGGGGCUGGCCCAUCGAAUGCCAAUGGCGCCUGCAGCAAGAAGGCGGCCAAAACACGCCGUCACUCGGAAUCGGCACUGGCCCAGGCCCAGGCACAGGCACAAGCACAAGCUCAGGCGCUGGCUCUGGGCGGUGGUGUGCUGCCCGUAGGUGCAACGACAGGUGCGGCGACAGGUGAGCAGCAGCAGCAGCAGCAGCAGCAGCAGCGACAGCACCGCAGCAAUAGUUGCAGCGAUUCGAUGCUUCACUUUGAGAACGGGCCAACGACUGCGGACAGGACAAACCGCAAUGGCUGCGGCAAUGUUGCAGCUAAUAACAAUUCAAUGAACUUUAAUGAGUUGUCAAAUUGCAUUGUCAUCAUUGAGCACAAUCAGAAUGAGGCAACAACAGGAGCAGCAGUAACAGGAGCCGGCCAUAACGUGGCAACCACAGCAGUACAGACAACAGCAUCGGCAGCAACUACAGCAGCAGCAACAGCAACAACAGCAACAACAUAUGCUCUUUACGAUGCAACCGGCAACAUGGCGCCCGCAACGGAAACGGAUGCGCUGAGCGUUUGCAGCAGCAACAGCAACAGCAAUAGCAAUAGCAACAAUUACAAUGGCUACAGCCAUGGCAGCCAUGAAAAUAUUAAUCAAUUAAGCGAGCUCGAACAACUGCUGACAGCAGCGAAUGGGCCCCGUACGGUACGGACGGCAGUUGCCUCAGCCUCAGCCUCAGCUAAUGGGAUUAGCACCGUGGAGGACACACAGGGUGGCAAAUGCCAUUUGAGCGAGUUUGUGUCGUUCGAGUACGUGACAAAGUAUAUCACGGACACGUACGACCCCACAACGUCCAAGAGCCCGGCAGUUAAUUUACAAUUACAAUCGGAAUUUGAUAGUAAUUUCGAUAUGCUGGACUUUCAGGAGUUCAUCUGAGUUGUAGACAUUAAGAUUAAGAUUGGUUAAGUUUACUUUGCUAGUUCCUAGCUAGAGCCCACCAAAAGUCAGCAAUUCUAUAUCCAAAGAUCUCAGUGCCUGAGCCCCUAAAGGAAGCCUCAUACCCAAAAAGAGAGACACACCACCAACCACCACUUGUAUAUAGCAUAUUAUUUAAGCAUAAGAAACGUUCCUAGAUAUCCGCUAGUUCCAGUGAUUAGAAGCGUCUUCCUUCACCCUCCUUCUCCUCCUGCUCAGUCAUGAGCCAUGCGAGAGGUGAACUAUCAAUUUAGUUGCUCUACAAUUAAGUACACUCGAGAAGUGCGCAGUUAAAGGUUCUCAAACAAAACAAAACAAAACAAAAAACCAGCCCAUUUACCAUAUUAAUUAAAUUAAUUUCGAUGAUUUUUUCUUACGCAACUUGUUUGCAUAUGUAACGUAAUUAUAUUAAAAUAUGCAUAUUAAUUACUUUGCCUGCGUGAAUACAGAACACAGAGAAUAUAUAUAUACAGACAA